AACUAGCUCCCAAAAUUUCUCUGCGUGUCAGCUCUGAUUCUCUGAACACUAGCUCCCAAAUUGUACGGAUUUAAUCUUCGAGCAAAUGCCAUGAUCUUCAAAGCCAAUGCAAAAUUUGAAACGCGUCGCGGCGUCGUCCGGCCAGCAACUGUUACGUUCGUAUGCUCUGAAAGCCGUCGAUUUGCCGCUGGACCGCUCCCAUCUAAUCGACGAAUUCACCGGAUCCUGCUGCCAACGAGACCUCCCCCGAGCCAUGAAAACAAUGCAUUCCAUGCAAAACCACGGUAUUUGGGCCGAUUCCAUCACCUACUCGGAACUCAUAAAAUGCUGUUUAGCGCGCGGAGCCAUUGACGAAGCUAAGCUCGUCCACAAUCACAUUUUCUCUAAUGGGCACCAGCCCAAAACGUUUCUCAUCAACAUUCUCAUCGGCAUGUACGUUAAAUUUAAUCUCCUGGAUAAGGCACGGGAACUGUUCGACCAAAUGCCCGAGAGAAACGUUGUUUCUUGGACAACCAUGAUAUCUGCUUUCUCUAACGCUCAGCUCAACGAGGAGGCUUUGAGGUUUCUGAUCCUAAUGCAAAGAGAAGGCGUGAGGCCUAACAUGUUUACUUUUUCUUCCGUUUUGAGAGCUUGCAAUGAGUUGCCGAACCUUAGGCAGCUUCACUGUAGCAUAAUAAAGACUGGGUUAGAUUCUGAUGUCUUUGUAAGGAGUGCUUUAAUCGAUAUCUACUCGAAGUGGGGUGAAUUGAAAAAUGCGCUGCGUGUUUUCGAUGAGAUGGUGACUGGCGAUUUGGUAGUUUGGAACUCCAUAAUUGGUGGGUUUGCUCAGAACAGUGACGGCGAUGAAGCUUUAAAUCUUUUCAAGAGAAUGAAGAGAGCUGGGUUUCCUGCUGAUCAGGCAACGCUGACAAGUGUGUUAAGAGCCUGUACCAGUGUCGCACUUUUAGAACUGGGAAGGCAAGUUCAUGUUCAUGUACUGAAGUUCAAUAAAGAUCUUAUCCUUAACAAUGCUCUUCUUGAUAUGUAUUGCAAGUGCGGCAGUUUGAUGGAUGCAAAUACUGUUUUCACACGGAUGGCAGAGAGGGACGUAAUCUCUUGGAGCACCAUGAUUGCUGGUUUGGCCCAGAAUGGUUACAGUCAAGAAGCACUUGCAUUGUUUGAGUCGAUGAAAUCAUCGGGGACCAAACCAAACUACAUUACAGUUCUUGGGGUUCUUUUUGCCUGCAGCCAUGCUGGGCUGCUUGAAGACGGCUGGUACUAUUUUCGAUCAAUGAAUAGGCUUUUUGGUAUCAAUCCUGGGAGAGAGCAUUACGGCUGCAUGAUUGACCUACUUGGAAGAGCUGGCAGGCUUAAUGAAGCAGUUGAUUUGAUUAAUGAAAUGGAUUGUGAACCAGAUGCAGUUACAUGGAGAACUUUGCUUGGUGCAUGUAGGGUUCACAAGAAUGUAUGCUUGGCCAUACAUGCUGCAAAACAAAUUCUUAGAUUGGACCCUGGAGAUGCAGGAACCUACAUACUCUUAUCUAACAUUUAUGCAAAUUCACAAAAGUGGGAAGAUGUUGCAGAAGUGAGGAGGACCAUGAGAGACACAGGAAUUAGGAAAGAACCAGGUUGUAGCUGGAUUGAAGUCAAUAAACAAAUCCAUGCUUUUAUUUUAGGAGACAGGUCACACCCGCAAAUAGAUGAGAUUGGUAAAGAAAUGAACCUAUUGAUUCGAAGAUUAAUGGAAGUGGGCUAUGUUCCUGAUACAAAUUUUGUGCUGCAAGACCUUGAAGGAGAACAGAAGGAAGACUCACUUCAAUGUCAUAGUGAGAAACUGGCAAUUGUGUUUGGUAUGAUGAGCUUACCGAGGGACAAGACUGUUAGGAUAAAAAAAAACAUCAGAAUUUGCGGAGAUUGUCAUGUCUUUGCAAAGCUUGUAGCAAAGAUGGAGCGUCGGUAUAUUGUGAUCAGAGAUCCCAUUCGCUACCAUCAUUUUGUGGAUGGCACUUGCUCCUGUGGGGAUUAUUGGUAGCAUAAAAAGAGUGUGUGUGUGUGCGCGCGCUCGAGCUUCAGAAUAUGCAAGAAAUCAGAAACUAGCUGCCCAUCCUUGUGUUCCACAACUUUAGGAACUCAUUAGCCAAGUGACAGCAAAAGCGAAAUUCUCUUCUUGGUGUGGAUAACUAAAAAGAAAACUUGCAAAUUACUUUGACACAGAGGAUGAUCGCUGCAUGCAUACGACUAAGGUUGGCUUUGGCUGUAGGGGACCAAAUAUGUAACUUAUUCAUAAAAAGAUCAAAUUGCAUUUUUCCCCACUCUUUAAAAAAAAUAAAAAUAACAUUCCUUCCUA